CGCGGCAGGAAAGCCAGAGCGGCGCAAAGCGCACGCCGAUCCUCUGAGCUCUACAAGUCGCUCAAGAAACGAAACUUGCUCCAGGGCGCGGCCGCCCGGCUCCGAGGCAUUUUAACGGAAGAAAGAGGGUGCCGCAGCCGCGGUGGGUGGGGACAGGCAAACCGGGUAGGAGCUUCUUCCUGUUCUGCCUCGUUUCCUUUAGCGAGGAAGGGCUGAAGUCGCCCUUUGCCUGGCCGGCGGGGAUGUCAUUUCGUGUGACCGGCAGAUGGAUACCUGUUGCACAGGUGCGAAACGAUGAAAGCCGCCAAGAAGCCGGACCAGGAGCCGGUUGCAUCUCCCCCUGCCCCGUCCUCGCUGCCCAAGCUGCUCUCCGCCCUUUUCUAUGGGACCUGCUCUUUCGUGAUCGUUCUCGUAAACAAGACAGUGCUGACAGUGUACAGAUUCCCAUCUCCAAUGUUUCUAGGAGUAGGACAGAUGGUAACCACUAUUCUCAUCUUAUAUGUGUCAAAAUUAAAUAAAAUCAUUCAUUUUCCUGAUCUUGACAAAAGCAUCCCUAAAAAGUUGUUUCCACUUCCUCUGAUUUAUAUUGGAAAUCAUAUAAGUGGAUUAUCAAGCAUAGGCAAGCUAAGUUUGCCAAUGUUUACAGUCCUGAGGAAGUUUUCCAUUCCUCUUACAUUACUGCUGGAAAUUAUUAUUCUUGGGAAACGCUUUCCGUUGGGCAUUAUAAUCAGUGUGUUUGCAAUCAUUUUGGGGGCCUUAAUAGCAGCAGGAUCAGAUUUAGCUUUCAACUUGGAAGGCUAUGUUUCUGUUUUGCUGAAUGAUGUCUUCACAGCAGCAAAUGGUGUUUAUACCAAACAAAAAAUUGAUCCUCAGGAGCUGGGAAGAUAUGGAGUAAUUUUUUAUAAUGCCUGCUUUAUGAUAAUUCCUACAGUUCUCAUCAGUUUUUUCACUGGAGAUUUCCAGGAGGCCAUGAAUUUCCAGCAGUGGACAAAUGUUUUAUUUGUCUUUCAGUUUCUUCUUUCUUGUGUCCUGGGGUUUCUUCUGAUGUAUUCUACAGUUCUCUGCAGCCAUUAUAAUUCUGCUCUAACAACUGCAGUAGUUGGUGCUAUAAAAAAUGUGUCUGUUGCUUAUAUUGGCAUGCUGUUUGGUGGAGAUUACAUGUUUAAUAUAUUGAACUUCAUUGGACUCAAUAUCAGCAUGGCAGGAGGGCUGAGAUAUUCAUUCUUAGCAAUACGGGGACAGGACAAUCCUGACUGUCCCUCCAUAGAUGAAGAAAAAGCAACUCCAGGUUCCAAGAGCUUACUGAAGCAGACAACAUGAAAAACUCUAAAGAUGCCAACUUAGGCAAAGAUAUUUUUCUUGGACAGAAGAUGAUAAUUGAAACAUAUAAAAAUACACCUGAAAAUACACUUGCUAUAUUAAAGCAAUCUUCAACGUACACAAAAUAGUUUGCAAGCUUUUGAGUUUCCAAGAGUUGUUCAUGAUUAAAAAUCCAAAAAAGAAUAUUAAGGAGCAUAUAAAAUGCGACCUUUGUUUAGGCCAGGGGUCAGCAACCCGUGGCUCUGGAGCCGCAUGUGGCUCUUUCAUCCCUUUGCUGUGGCUCCCUGUCGCUCAAAAUAUGUGUCACAACUGCCAGUGUGUGACACUCGCCGGCACACAAUUUAUUGAGCUUUUCGACCCCCGGUAAGCCAACCAUGGAUAAAUCCAAGAAAAGAAAAGUUUCAGAAGAAAACAGAAUCUUUAAUUCAACUACAUAUGCUAGUUUUGUGGCCGCUCAGGAAAUAGUCAGGCACAGGAAGAGUUUUGUGGCUCCCGGUGUUUUCUUUUCUGUUAAUAAUGGGUCCAAAGUCUCUCCGACCCCCUGGUUUAGGCUAUGUCUGCACCAGGCUUCAAAUGGUGUAAUUUUUUUUUUUUUUUUUGGCAGACAUUCAAAAGGAUUCUGUCUGGUACAAAAGUAGCAUUAAUUAACCUGUACCAAAAAUUUGCUAGGAAGUAGAAAAGAACAAAUAUUCAUUGGUCUCCCUUUUUGAAAUUCGGUAGUAAAGCUAGCAGCUAAAGUCAAAAAUAAAAACAGCAGACUCCUGACGUUUUUUGGGAAUCUGCAGCUUGUAAUCACCAAAACACACAACUAACGCCAAGAAAAAAAAACCACAAGGGUUUUCCCCUUAGUGAACAUUUACCCAUAUUCUAAUUUGAAGUAGAAGGACAAAAGGUCAGAACAGCUACAUUUUAAUAACUAUAGACCAGGGCUGUCAAACUCCCGGCCCACUGGCCGGAUGAAUCAUGUGCUGGCCACACCCAUGCCUGGUUUGACAAAGGGGAAAAAACUCCCAAUACGUCACAUGAUACCACCGUGAUGAUGUGAGUUUGGCAGUCCUGCUAUAGACAAACACUUAACUUGGAUUGCAACCAACAGCUGCAAUCACUCACAACCCUCUCCAGUUUAUAUUUGGUUUCUGUUAGUUUUUAUUUCUUUAGGGACUAUUUGACAUUAUUCUUCUUUUAAUAUCCAUUUUUAGAGAUACCAAAAAUUGCCAUUCAUACAGUGAAGUGAUUCUCUGAAAAAUAUUUUGUCUAAGCUGGAACUAGUUAUUACAUUCUCAUCAUUCCUUAUGGAAAUAGAACAUUUAGGUUUAAUAGAUUUAUGGUUCUAGAUCUGAUCUCUGUUACAAAGUACUCAGACAUGGUGAGGUUCCAUGAGAGUUUCUUCUGGGGAAAUUUUGGAAAAUAUUUCCUCUUAUAUUUAAUUUCACUGCCCUUAUUCUACACUUCAGGAUUACAGAUAUAGAUGCAGUCUAAACAACUUAAACAUAUUGAAAUGUUUUCAUUAGUGACCUAAGGCAAUCAAGAAAAUCACUUUAUACUUAAUAAAUACAUAAAUUUAGCAUGCAUGAACCAGAGAAAAGAAACAUAAUUGAAUAUGAAAGCAUUGCUAAUUGUUUAAAUUAGAAGACGGAUGUGACUUGCUUAACUCAUGGAAGUAAGAUUUGUUUAUGGCAUGUAAAUAUUUACAAGGACCAAAAUGAUAAAUGAAAGAAACUGAA